AUGAACCUUUAUUAGAUUUUAAUAAAGACUUUUCAAAUAUAUUAAUCAUUUAAAUUGUCAACAAUAUUUAAUCAAAUUCUUAAUUUUAAUGAAUAUCAGAAAAAAGAAUAACUUUAAAUUCUGAAAAAAUUAUUCAUACUCAAAAAAGAUGGAUGGAAGAAUGUUUAAUAAAUACUUAAUGCUCAGUAACUGAGUAAGUUUAUCAUCUAAGCAUUAAAAUUUUCUCAAAAUAAUCUUUUGAAUUAAGUAUAAUAUUAAAUAGUAAUAGAAAUUUCAUAAUUAAUUGAUUUAGAAGAUGAUAAAUUGAUAUCUGGCUUUUAAUAAUUUAUUAAAUUUAUUCAUAAAAGAUAUUUUUAUCUAAUUUAUCUAUUAAAUUUCCUAUCUAAAAACCAUUUUAAUUUACUUGUAAUUGUUAAAAUUAUAAUAGAAAUAUACAAAAAAGUUGAAGAUAAAAAAAAACUAGAGGAAAUUUUGUUAGUAUUUGGGGAAAUUUAUUUGGAUAAAUAUAAAAUAUUUCAAUAAAUAAAAAACAAUUUAAUUGAUAAAUGUGAUGAGAAAAUCAUUUAUAACUAAGUUCUUAUUUAAUUUUAUGACUCAACAAAUUAACUAGAAAAAAGAGAUAAUUUAUGUGAAUAGGUUUUCACAUAAAACUCAAACAUUUAUGUAAAAUUAUUUGAAUAGAAUUAAUAUUUUAAAAAUUUUUUCUUACAUCCUGAAUUUUUACAGUGUAAAUAAAUAUAAAGUUAAUUCCCAAAAAAUCUACAAAUAAGUUUAAUUAACUUUAAUAAGUCUUUAGCAGACAUUAGUUAUUCAACUUUAGAAACAGUAGUUACUCUAUGGUGUUAGGACUUUAAAAAUUAAGAAAAAUUUUUAAACUUGAUUCCUUUCCUAUUUAAUAUCAUCAAAAGAGGAGCAUCUCCAAAACCCUUAUUAUAUUUAAUUAACUAAAAUGUAAACUCAAAAUAAUUAAUCUCAAGAUAUUAUAAUUUUAAAUCACUUUUUUAAUUGUUAUAUAAUAAUUCUGAUGAAGAAUUAAAAAUUAUUUUAUUAAAAUUGCAUUCAAAAAGCAAUCCAAUACCUUUACUAUAUCAAAAUCCUUAAAUUUAAGAAGUUUAAAAUUAUGGUGACAUUUAUAAAUUUAAUUAAAAUAUUAUAUAUUUAAUAUCGAAUCAUUAUAGCAUCAUUAAUAUGAGUUUAUUGGUAGAUUAAAAAUAAAUAGGAAAAACUGAUCUUAUCAAUAAAUUAUUUUAUUUAUCUGAAAAAUUUUCAAUCUGUGACACAUCUGACUUAAAUAUCAGUACUAUAGAUUGCAUGUUUGAUAAUGAAUUUGAUAAUACCAGAAAUUUUUUUAUCGCUGAUGCCCAUGGAUUUAUUCCAUUAGAGAUUUUAGAAAAAAUAUUACCUUUGUUUUAAUUUUGGAUCAUAUAAUUAUAAUCUGUAUCAUAAUUAAUAGAAAGUUUUGAAAAAGUAAUAAAAUUAUAAUCUAAAAUGGUCAAUUAACCAAAGAUUUGCUUAAUUAUUAGGGAUUAUAAUGAGCCUGAAUAACUUAUAGAAUAAUAUGAAAAAUAAAUUACUGUAGCAGGAUUUUACGUUUAUAAAAUUAGUAACUUAAAUUUACAAGGAACUGAUAAAUAGCAACAAUAAAGAGAAAUUUAGAAUACAUAGAAGUUUAUAUUAAAUAUAAUCUCAGAUGAUAAAAAUAAAAGACCUGAUUUUUUGGAUCAAGAUAAGUUUUUAAAUAUUAUAAAAUAAGAUUAAGCUAAUUUAAGCUUCAUCAAUGAGUUUGAAAAAAGCUUAAAGAUUAUUUCUUAAUUAAAAAAAUAAUUAGAAGAUUUAAAAGAAAGACCUUCCGGUUUUUAUGAUUAAGAAGCUUUCCCUUUUAGAAGUUGCAAUUGGAAUUUAGAAUAAUUAAGAUAAAAACAAUCAAAAUUAAAUAAGACAGAUAAUAUUUAUAAACAGGAGAUUGAUAAAAAAGUAAAAGAAAUUGAUUCUAAUACAUAAGGUGACAAUUCAAAUUUAUUUCAAUAAAAAUUUGAUUUAGUUAAUAAAAAAAGUAUAAAUGAAAAAAUGAUAAUCGAAAAUGAGAAUGAAAUAUAAAAGUUAUAAUAACAAACAUUGAAUCCUACUUCUAUUUUAGAAUUGUUUUGUGAAUUAUUUGAAUAAAAGAAUUACUAUGUUAUUUAUCUAUAAUUUUCUGAUUGGUUAAGAUAAUUUAAUUCCUAAAUUGCUUUUAAAUUAUAAAAUAGAAUAUAAGAAAAAAAUGAGGAAUACUAAAAAAUUAAGAAUAAAAGAAAAAAUGAAAAAGAAAGUAUGACUAGCAGUUAUGAUAUUAUAAAUAAAUAUAGGGAAUAAUUAGAUAAUAUAAAGAAAGAAAUUUAGAAAACAAAUAUGGAAAUAGAAUUAAAAAAUAUUGGGAUAGAGUUAUUUUGGAAAGAGAUAAUAAAGAUACAUUUAAGCCAACCAAAUCUUAAACUGAAUGUAGACCCUAUAAAAGUAGUAGCAUCUAUGAUAAAAAAAGGGGAAUCAUUUGAAUUGAUUGAUGGAGAUUAAUUAAAUAUAAAUUCAGAUUUUUUGAUAAAAUUAAGUGAAGAAUUAAGAUUAGAUGAGUAAGUUAGAAUUCUUAUUUUGAGUAUUUUAGGGCCUUAGAGUUCUGGAAAAUCAACUUUAUUGAAUAAAAUAUUUGGUUGUCAUUUUUGGGCAAGUGCUGGUAGAUGUACUAAAGGAAUAAAUUUAUAACUAAUUGAAAUUUAGGAUAAAUAAUAAUUUAAUGAUAAAUUUGAUCAUGUUUUAUUAUUAGAUUCUGAAGGUUUAUAAAACCCUAAUUAAUUAAAUCCAGAGUUUGAUAAGAAAAUAGCUUUAUUUGUUCUUUCAAUUAGUGAUGUGAUUAUAUUUAAUGUUAAAGGUGAAAUGAAUGGAUAAUUUCGUAAUCUUAUAGAAAUGUGUAUGUUUACUUAUGGCUAAAUGAUGAGAAAUGGUUCUUGUAUUAAGUAACUUAGUUGGUGUUUUAAUUAAAACAAUGAAUUAAAAAACAAAAAUCCUUAUUUAUCAUAAAUUUAAACAAUAGCAACUAAUUUAAACUAGUCAUGUGGCCAUUUAGAAAGUGAUGAUUAAAAUUAAAAGAUUGAUUAUGCUGAAUUAUUUGAUAUUAAUCUUGACAACAUAAGUAUUUUAGGGAUUGCUUAUUCAUCUAAUAGUUGGAAAUAAAACUCAAGCAAUUUAAUUUGUUAAGAAUGGACAUAAUAAAUAUAGAAUGACGCUUAUACAGAAGAUGCUUAUAAUUUUGGAAUAAAAGCAAUUCAUAAUUAUAAAAUAAAAUACUUGAAAUAAAAAUAAGAUGAAUAAACUUAUAGUAAUUGGAGUUAAAUCGUAAAGAAAGUUGAAAAUGAUUGGAUAACAAUUUCUAAAUUACCUGAUUUAUUAGAAUUUUCAGAUUUAGUAUAACAUAAAUAAAAUGAAUUAAUGAAAAAUUGUUUUGAUUUAAUAAUGAAAAAUUAGAAUCUAGAAUUUUAGCAUGAGAUAAUUGAAAAUAUAAGAAAUGAAAUAAAAAAAAAAGAAAAUAGAUUCAACUUUUAAAUAUUUUAAAAAAUUGGAUUGGAAUAAUAAAAAAUUAUUGCACAAAGAUUAGAAAAGAUACUAGAAGAUAGCAAAAAUGAAUUACUUAAAUACAGAUAGACAAACUAAAUUUUUAAGAAGAUAUACCUUAAAUUUUUAGAUAUAUUAGAUUAGCGAAUUAAGGGUCAUUAGACUAAUUUAGAUAUGAUAAUUAACUAUGAAAUUGAUAAACAGAAGAUAGAAUUUUAGUAAAAAUAGGGUUUCAAGCUUUUUGAUGAUUUUAUAUUGGAGCUAAGCGAAAAUACUGAAUUAUUAAAAUAAUUUUAGAAGGAUGAGAAAAUGAUUAAAGAUAAAUUUAAUGAUAUCUGGAAUACAAUUAGAUAAUAAUAAAGAAACAGUUAAACAGAAAACUUCAAAUAAUUUUAAUAACAAUAAAUUGAAAAUAUCAAAAAAUUAUACCCAAUAUCUUAUUACACUUAUUAUGAAAAUAAUUAUAUAGAAAAAUUUAUAUAGGAAAUAAUUCCUUAGAAUCCUUUUGAAAAAUAUGAACAAGAAAAAGAUUAAAUUUUUUAAAUAUUUAAAAAAGAAUAUAAUGAAUCAUUAAUCACUUAGCUAAAUUAAAAGGAGCCUCUUCAUUUGUAAUAUUUAGAGAAGAUAUAUAACUUAAGUAUGAUUGAGAGAAUUGAAUAGGGAUAAAAAAAUUCAUUAAUAAGAAUAAAAGAUUUCUACAAAAUUUAAGUAAAAUACCAUGUGCUUGAAAAAGAUUAAAUAGAAAAAUAUUUUAAAAGUACGUUUUCUCAAGAUUUCUAAUCAUAAUUUUAGAAAUAAAAAAAAAAAAAAACUUAAAAUUUAGCUAAUUUUGAUUAUUUUUUUUAGAUUUUAGCAUUCUUCAAUAUUGGUUUUAUUUAAUUACAAUUAGAUAUUUUAAAACAGAGGUUUUUAUAAGAAGAGGAUAUUCAAAUACAAUUAGAGAAUUUGAAAAGUUCAUUUAAUUUUAAUAAUAUUGAUUUUAAUUCAUCCAAUAGUUAAUAGUUUUAAAAAUAUCUUUAAGAUUUUAAAAUCUCAUUAAAACCUUUUGAAAUUUCAAAAACAUUUGAAAAUUUCGAUAAUUUUUAAAGUUUUAAAAUGACAUAAUAGAUUGUAACUCAAAAAGAAUUAAAUUUUUUACCGAAAAACUAAAAUUGUGAUUUUUUGGUAAGAGUUAUGCGUUCGUCUUUUUCAGGUAGCGUUCAUGCAAUGUAAGAAAAUUUUCAAAAACUUAUGGAAGAAAAUUAAGUUUGGAAAAUGUUAUUUUAUGAAAUAUAUGAUAUUGUUAAAGUCGAAAUAUUAGGUGAAGCUAAAUAUGAAUCAAAUUGCUAAUUAUAAUAGGAUUAUGAUCUAACUCUAUAUGAUUAAAAUUUUAUUUCUGAUAUUAUUAAACAAUUAGAAAAUAGGAUUAAGGAAAAUUACAACAAGUAAUUUGCGCAUUUUGGAAUGAUUUUUUAUUCUUAUUGUGAGAGAACAAUUUACUACUAAGCUUUAUUUUUAAUUUGGAGAUUUAUUUGUUUUAAAAAAUAAAACAUGUAUGACGAUGAAUAUAACAAAAUUUCAGAAUAAGAAGAAUAGUAAUAUAAAAAAUUUAAGGAUAAUAUUGACUAAAAUAAAAUUGAGCAGAGUCGAAAUUAAGCUGUUGAUGUUAUUUAAAAAAUUUCAACAGAAUGGCUGAACUAAUUUUACCAGAAAAAUAAAUAAGAGGCUGAAUAAGCGAUAAAAUCUAAAUAAAUUUCUUGUUAAGAUUUAAUAAAAAAAUUAGAUGAUCAAUUACUGGAAGAGAAGGAUAAAAUAAAUUAUUUUGAAGAAGGGUUAAAUGAAUAAAUUUUAUCAUAUAUAAGAAAUUAAAAAGAAUAUAUUACAAGAUAUGCGAAAUCAUAUGUAUCCUAGCUGAAAGAGGAAUUAAUUAAAAAAUACUAAAAAAUACUCAAUUCAUUUUUAUAAAAAAGUUGGGAAAGUCUAGAACGAAAUGCUUCAUAAUUACUAGAAAAUAUUAAUUAAUGUAAUAAAAAUAUUGAUUAAAAUUAAACUAUUCUUGUUUCUUUUUAUUUUAAAAAUCAAAAUUCAUAGUUGGAUGAACAAGAAAAGAUUUUAUAUUAAAAUGUUUUAAAUUAUUUACAAGGUAGAGAUGGCGAAAGUCUUGAUCAGCUAGAAUAUUCAAAUAUUUUUAAUUUUACUGAAGAAUUAUAAAAAAUAUAACUUCCUGAAUUAGAUAAUAUAAAUGAUAAAAAAGUCUGUAUCUUGGCUUCAUUUGUAGAUGAAAUUUUAAAAUAAAUUAAAAAAGAAUAAACUAAGUGUAACUCUUAGAAUUUAUAAUUUUCAAAAUUCUAAAUUGAUGUUCAUAUGCAUAAUUUGGAAAAAAACAUGAUUGGAUGCUUGUAUUCUUGUCCGAUUUGUUCAAGAAAAUGCGAUUAAUCAGUUCAAUUUGAUAAUCCGUCCUAGAAACAUCAACAUUCAUGUUUUAAUGGUCAUUAACUUAGAGGUAUAUAUCAAUUCUUUAUUUUUCCAAAGGUAUGAGUGGAGUUUGGAUAGGAGAUAAACCUUCUCUACUUACAUGUCAAUAAAUAAAGGAUACAUCACACAUAAUAAUAUAAGAAAACAAAGCUUUAAAAUAAUGGAAAGAAAUAAAAAAGAUACAUGGGUAAUGGUGCUUUAAUAAUAAUAAUGACUAGCAAGAUAAAUAGAAUAAUGAAAAAAUGUAGAAAGCCUGGAAUAAUGGAAUAGGAGAAUUAAUUUGUAAAUAAUUAUCCUAAGAAUUUAAAAAAGAAAUUGUUUUUUUUAAAAAGAAUGAUAAUUAUGAUAAAGAUUAUAAGGUAAAUAAAUAACACUAUAUCUUUAUGCUUGAUGAUUCUUCAUCAAUGAAAGGAUAAAAAUGGGAAAAUAUAAGUAAUUGUUUUUCGAACUGUUUAAAAAUAAUAAAUGAAGAUAUAGAUUAUUAACUAAGCCUCAUCUAAUUUAGCUUCAACGCUGAUAUUGUUAUAAAUUGCGAAAUACCUAAUUAUAAUAAACAUAGGGAGAAAGUUAAUUUUAAAAGAAGCCUAUGGAGAAUUUGGACUUAUAAAACAAAUUUUGACAGUGCUUUAGAUUUAGCUUAUGAUUUAAUUUUAAACAAUCAUGAAAAUUUUUUAAAGUAUAAAUUUUGUCUAAAUUAGCACAAAUAUGUUACUCUUUACUGAUGGCGAUGGGAGCUAUCCCUAAACGUAAGUUGAUAAAUUUUGUCAACUUCCUCCAUCGAUAAGAUAGAAAAUCUCUUUUAUUGCUUGUACAGAUUCUUCUGAUUCAAAAACUUUGGAUUAAAUUGUAAAGACUUUUAAAGCCUUUGAAAUCCGCUCUAAAAAAUAAAAAGUAGAAUCAGAUAGUCUAUUCUAAGUUUGGUCUGAAAUUAUUUCUGAAUCCAAACUAAAAGCUGAGGAUUAUAAUUGA